CUGCAUUUUAGCAUCCCACGGCCACACGAGCUCUGAUGCACCAGCGCUCGCGAUUUUGGCCUUUUAGGACUCGCAUUCGACUAUAGAUACUCCUGCACAGCAGUCAGGCAUGGCUGCGAUCGAUGACGCCGUCGCCCAGAUGGCUAGCCUUGCCCUCGCGGCGUACAAAGCGGGCCGGCACGACGACGCCAUCGAUGCCUUCACGAAAGCGAUCGCACAUAAAGACUCGGCCAUCCUACGCAAGAACCGAGCAGCGGUGAAAGCGGCCCAGCAGGACUGGACCGGCGCCGAGGCCGACCUGACCGCGGCCCUCGCCACGAGUCCGCCGGACGCUCUGAAGGGCCGGAUCCUGCUCAAGCGGUCCUUUGCGCGCGCGGCGCGAGAACGCCACGCGGCCGCGGGCGACGACGCCGCGUCUGCGGCGGCUUUAAUGCAGGGUCCGGAGCGCGAGAAAUGCCUCGCCCAGGCGGCGCGGUGCCGCCGCGACGCGAAGCGCGACGCGGACCUGCUGAAAGCGACGGCGGCGGACGGCCAGCACAUGGUGCACCCGGCGCAGAAAUUGCGGCUGGCCUUCGCGUCGCCCCUGCCCGCGACGGUGGAUGAAGGCGACGCCUUCGACGUCGAGGUUCGGCUCGGCAACGAGUUCGGCCUCUGGCGGCCCGCGGAUUGGUCGACGGUCGGUAAUGGUGAGACGACGCUCGUCGCGUCGGCGCGCGGCGGCGGCGUUGUGGAAGCGGCGCCCGUCGCGAUCGGUAGUGAUGGACGAGGAAGGCUCACUAUCAGAGUGAAACGCGGCGGCGACUUCAUGCUCCGUAUUUCUCCAGAGGGCGCCUGGGCGCGGCGGCCGCUCGCGGUGCUGUCGCUUCCCUUCAUUGAAGCGACUCGAGCAAUAAACGCCGGCGCGACGUGCUGCCGCGAGCUCGCGCUCGGGAAGGUCAGCGUGGUCGUCGCCGAGGCGCCGGCGCGUUUAGGUAUUGGAGGGAAGUUGUGGGACGCGGCGCUCGCGCUCGUCGCCCACGUCGGGAGCACGCGGGGCACGGACGAGUGCGUGCACGGCAAGCGCGUGCUGGAACUCGGGAGCGGCGUCGGUGCUGUUGGUAUUGGGGCGCGGCUGUUCGGGGCGUCUCGCGUCGUGCUGACGGAUAUUGAAGAUGUUGUGCCGUUGCUCGAGGCGAAUAUUGAGCUCAAUCACGUGGAUAAUGUGGCGGCGGUGGCGUUGGACUGGUUCCAGGACGUUCCUUCGGCCGUUUUGGAGGAGAGCUUUGAUUUGGUCCUCGCGUCAGAUGUGGUCUACGAUCCGGACCUCCACGCGCCUCUCCUGAGGACGCUCGGGGUUUUGCUCGACCGCGUCCCCGUGUGCCUGCUGGCGCACCGGCGGCGGAACCCGCACGACGCGGACUUUUUUGGGGCGCUCCGGGCGCGCUUCGACGUCGCGGAGCGCGUCGUGUCGACUGGUGGCGGGGUGCUCGUGCCGGAGGACGUGGAGUUGUUUGCUGUAAGGCGUCGUGGCGCGUAGUGUGUUAUUGUCU